UCAAAGUAGAUAUACGUUAUUGAUCGACUGAGGAAGUAUUUCAUUUGACAUCAGAUAUUACUUUGUAAUUAUUGAUAAGCAUUGUUUUCAUUCAAAAAGUUACAUCGUACAACACAGACAGAAAAGGAAUCAAGAUAAAAGGUCACCAACGAUUUUCCACAAAAAAUAUUUGGACAUCUAAAACCAAGCUGAAAACCCUUUUUUUCCUUAAGAAAAUGGACACAAUCAUAGAAUAUUUUCCCAGACGAAACAUAUAAUGUCAGCAACGACUGCAAAUAUUCCGAUGUCCUCCCAAUUUAUACCACAAGUAGUGGGAAUCCAACAAGCUCUACCAGUCGGACACCAGCAACAAGCAUUUCCAGUGAGGACAUUUAAGGUGUUUGGUGGUGUACAGAUAGGUCUUGGAGUUCUUCUCGGGAUUCUUAGUCUAAUUGGAAUGAUUUCGAAUAAAAGUCGAUAUUAUAAUGUCCACGCACCUAUUGCAUUUGACAUUACUUGUCUAAUAUGUUCUGGAUGGUAUGUUUUUACUGGUUGUCUGCCUAUGCGUAUGUCAAAGAAGAGAGAAGCGAGAUGGAUAUGUCUGAAAACUGGAUUUAUGGUGUGUAGCAUAAUUGGAGCGUCAAUUUUCAUUCCAGCUAUGUUAAGUCUUGGUGUGGUUGGUUCACUUACAAGACGAAAUAAAGAUUCGAAAGCUGUAAUUCUGUCAGUUUUCAUGGCUGUGUUGUUCUUUGCAGAAGUGGUAGUCGCAAUUAUUGCCUCUUCAUUCUGUUGUUGCUGCUCAACAUGGAGGACAUCAAUUCAGGAGGGAGUUGUUAGUAGCACACAACCUGAAAUGUUUCUUAACCUACCACAGACUCAGAUUCCUAUGGCAAACGGUCAGCAGGUCAUGAUAGCUACAGGACAAACAGCUAACCCAAUAGUGCAGUAUUCCAGAGGGCAACAGUAUCAAGAAAUGACUACAACUCAACCGGCAGAACAACAGGUUCAAGCUGUUAGUGGUAUACAACCAGAACCGAACAGUGGACAGGAUUUUGAUACCAAUCCGCCAUCCUACAAAGAAUAAAGGAUAUAUAACCAUUCCUUAUAUGCGAUUGUGUUUGUUUGUUGUAAAAAUUAAAGACAAUAAAUCUGAAAUGUUUUAGCUUUAAAAUUAAAGAUUAAAAACUUAUAAAAGUGUUUAUCUUCAAAAACAAAUAUUUAAGUAUCAUGGAAGACAAUUAUUAUGACUUUCCAGUUAGGAAAUGCAUCUCUUACAAGAUCUAUUUAUAUAAGAAUAUCAGAUUUUAUAAUGACUUAUUUGCUAUAACUUUAGUCACAUGCAAUAUACCCAAUCAUUUAAAGAAUAUGAAAAUUGAAAGAUAUGACAAGAAUUAGUGAGGUUCAAUCUCUUUUUAUUUAAUUCUAUAAAUAUAUUUUUAUACAAUGGUCAAAUUACGAACAGGUCUAAAGUGACCACCUCCAACUGUCUAUAUUCUUAACGUGAAGAGGUACAAGAACUGGCGCCUUUAAUAGUUGAUUUAAAAAUGAGUCUUGUUCUAAUCAUUUAACAGCUAGCAUUGUACCAAAAUGGUAUGGCAAGGUUAAAACUUUUUAAUACAAAUAACAUCUUUAUCAGAAGCAUACUUAAACACUAAUUUGUUUUUAUUUUUGAAUAUUGAAUUUCCUUACGAUUGACAGCUUUCAGAAAAAAAACUAACGUGCAUGCUAGAAUGGUACAACAUUUGUUUUCAAUUUUAUUGUUUACAUUGACAAAAAAACCCUAAAAUGUCCUAACUACUCACACUAAUAACCUAAACUGGUGUAAAUGAUUGAUGCUAGGUUUUGUUCCCUUUUUCAAUUGAAUCACCUUGUAUAAACCUUAGAAUUUGAUAAAGUUAUUUCAAAAUA